GGUAACUGAUAGUCAAAACCUGAUCAAAACAUGGACGACCACGAAUAAGGAACAGCGAGUAACUGUUGAAUAUAUCUAAGUUUAUUUGAAAAAACUCUUCAAAUCAUGUGAGACAAGUUUGAGUUUUCAGAACGUGACUUAAAACAUGAAAGUUAUACAUAGGAGAAGUCAUUAUUGACAUCACUUGAAAUGCCCUUUCCUCGCUGAAACCUGCCAUAAAUGAUGAAACCAAGGAAGAGCUAAAUCAUGUCAUGACAUUUGUACCUGUGCGAAAUGGACAGGACAGUACCCAAGUGGCUCCAAGAUUUAUCAAGCAAUGGGCGGCAAUUGCAACCAUCGUCUGCCGAAGGAGCUCUCACAAGUACUCAUUUACGGCCUGAUGGUGAAACGUUGCUUUCCCUUCGAGGAGAUUCUGCAAGACAUGGUCGGAGAGCAUCAUCAUCCGCAGGAAACAGCCCUCAUAGUCCUUUAAGUCCGAAUAAAUUUCGCAAUGAUAUACGUCUUGGACAAGAGAGCUCCAGAAGAGAAAGGCUACGUGGUAUACGUGCUGACUGGGAUAAAUUAUCACUACAAGAUUUGUGGGAUAAGCCCAACAGAAGCAGGUGGUUGCAUAGUCUAAGGUCAGGAAAGUCAGUUGAGGAUGAUAGAACAGAUCAACUUACCUUAGCAAGAAAUAGCUGGGCAAGUCGAUCAGCAGAAGUGGAUGACAGAAGACCUCAGGUUCCUGCACAGCUGGAUACAUUUCAUCAUUCUACCUUUGCGCAACAGGCUCUUGAAGAAUCCUGGAAUGUCCUGCAUACUUUUAAUCAGAAACAAAGAGGAAGACUAACCAUCACAGCCACUGAUCAGGAUGCUGACCUAAAAGAUGAUAGCCCAUUAGACUGGCCUAUAAGCCAUCUGGAUCGUAGGAAAUCUACUGCCAGUGAAGGGCCGGACCCGAGGCGUGAUUUAACACCAUCUCAAUCUCCCAGAGAUUUUAUCAUUCCUGAACUUCCUUCUGGUAGUAAACUCACCAUUGAUGUACUCAGUACAUGGGGUGAUCGACACUAUCUUGGCUUGAAUGGUAUUGAACUGUUUACAAGUGAUGGUCUACCACCCGAAGUUGCUCAUAUUUGGGCCCAGCCAGCAGACAUUAAUGUUCUUCCUGAGUACAAUGGAGAUCCACGCAUUGUCAAGAAUCUCAUCGAUGGAGUUAAUCGCACAAGAGAUGAUUUACACCUGUGGCUUGCGCCAUUCACACCUGGUGCCCAUCAUUACAUAAAUGUGGACUUCUCUGUCCCAUAUACUAUUGCAAUGUUACGAAUAUGGAACUACAAUAAAUCACGUAUUCAUUCAUUUAGAGGUGCCAAAGAUGUAGAGAUAUUUCUUGAUGGUGUACUUAUUUUCCGGGGAGAAAUUGCACGAGCUUGUGGUACUAUACAGGGAGGUACUGAUGCAUUUGGUGAUACAAUUCUGUUUACAACUGAUGAUGCUAUUCUAGAACUAAUAUCAAAAUAUGAUAAGUCAUUUGACAGUAAUGUAUCAUAUCAUCAUGGUAAUAUUUCAUCAAUUCAACCAUUUGAGCGUCCUCCAACUGCUGAUUGUUCUGAAUCUAGUAGACCUUUCACUUCAUCAGUGCCAGGCAGUGGAUCAAAUGAUAUUGAAGAGGUUUCUCAGUGGGGCUCAAAGAAAAAAGUUAAACAGCAAUUGGAUAUUUUCCUGUUAAGCAAUUGGGGCCACCCAUCAACCAUAGGGCUCACUGGCCUUGAGAUAAUGGGAUCCUCUGGUGCUCUGAUUCCAAUUUCUCCUCAAGACAUUCAAAGUGAAGACAAUCCUAGUCAUAUUUACAGGUUGCUUGAUGGGGAAAAUUGGACUAUGGACUCUUCUCACAUGUGGAGUGCAGAUUUCAAAUCGCACCCUGUUGUGCUUUCUAUCAGGAUUGGAGCAGAGCACCAAGUCUCUGCCGUUCAAGUUUGGAACUACAAUGCAUCACCAGAUUUUACCUCAUGCGGGGUGAGGGAAAUUCAGUUGAGAAUUAAAGGCAAAUUCAAAAGUGGUGUCUUGACUGUACGUAGAGCUCCUGGAAAUUUACACUACAAUUUUGGACAAAUUUUGCGCUUGGAAAAAGGAAGCAUGCUAGAAGGAACUAAUUUUUCUCACUCUCCGUCAUUAGUCUUACCCAACAUGCUUGAAGAUGAGUAUGAACAUACUGGUGUCCCUACUGGUACCUUGUUUACAUUACUUAUUUUUUCUACCUGGGGUGACCCAUAUUAUGUUGGUCUCAAUGGUAUUGAGCUUUAUGAUGCUGAUGGGUAUCGAAUAUCAUUAGGACAUCACAAUAUUGGUGCCCAUCCUGAAAGUGUGAAUGUCCUUGAGGGUUCUGCAAGAGACGUUAGAACCCCAGAUAAGCUCAUCGAUGGUGUCAAUGAGACUCUUGACGGACGUCACAUGUGGCUUGCUCCUAUAUUGCCUGGAAAGAUAAAUAGGAUUAAUAUCAUGUUUGAGACAGCUAUGACAGUUUCAAUGUUGAAACUGUGGAAUUAUGCCAAGACACCAAGUCGUGGAGUUAGAGAAUUUGGUGUUUUGGUUGAUGAUUUACUUAUUUAUAAUGGAGUUUUGGAUUGUGUUGAUGGAAAGAGAAGUAAUGUGCCUUAUAGAAGUGUGAUAUUUUCCGCUGACCAAAGUCUUUUGGCUAGAGAAGCAGAAACACAGACUCGGAGGAGCUCUCCAGUCAGCCCAAGGCUUCAAGCGACCUCCAGUGGUCAUUCUCAAUCUGCAGAUCAGUCCAAAAGACCUUUUACAUCCCUGCAGCACCGCACGCAGCCGGGCACGUAUCAAUCUUCAUAGCCGAAUAUUUUGUGAUAUUUUUAAUUUCAAACUUUUUGUAUUUACUUAUUUUAUAUCAUCUUUUAACUAACAAUGAGUGGUGCUGCAUUUUGCAUAGACUUAUGUGGGUGGAGUGUGGGUAUCAAGAAUUGCCUUUUUACUAGACCAUGUGUGACUUUCUGGCCAUACAAUAGGAAAGUGCAAAAAUCACCUGUAAAAGGGUACACAUCAUUUUUGAAUCAUAUAGACACAGCCUCUUUAAAUCUUCAAAAGAAAUAAGUUGACUGCUUAGUGUUAUUGUAACAAUAUGCCAAACUUUUUCAUUCAGAAAAUGUGGGCCAAUGAUGGUUGUAUACAAAAGCUUUCUAAUGAUUUUUUUAAAAACAAUAUUCCAUGAUCCAAGACUCUUUGAUUUUUUUACCUGUUAUUUGUGAUUGGAGUUCAAAGGAAAUUUUUCCUGCACUGCCCAAUCACUUUGCAUUUUGUGAUUUUAUGUGGGACCAACCACCUUUUUAUUCCAAAUAAGGCUUUUGACCAAUGACAGCUUGCAAGUUUUUGCAAGUCAAACUAGAUUUUUUUUGUGUGGUGUUUCUUUAUGUGGCACAUUUUUCGUUUAUAAGUAUAGUUAUGUGGCUGGACCACUUACGCAUUGCAUAUCCAUAAAGAGGAGUAUUAACUAAUUACAAACUCUGUAAGUACUUUUUAAUGUAUAUUUAAUUCACUUAUUUAUAUUUCACAAUUACUGCCUUAUUAUGAUGAAUGCAAGACCAUUGAUGCUUCAACAUAGCUUUCUUUUUUCGAAUUUCAUGACUAUGUAAAUCACUGCUUACUAAGCAAAUAAAAUCAAUUGACAAAUAUUCAUUACAGCUGAAGAAAGAAUAUGAUUCUUUACAUAAAUAGAACUAGUUGAAUAACAAGUGCAGUGAAACAUUUUGACACAAAAUGAACUCUCAUAUCUUGCAAAGCACAUUUCAUACACCGUCUACUACCUCCGCCCUACAAUAUCUUGUAUUAUCUGCUGUUGUGAGACUUGCCAUGUUUCUUGGUCUUUGAACUGAGAAUACGUGGUUUAUCCUCAUAAGUGCAACAACUGACCUGAAAAAAAAAAAAAAAAAAAA